AUGACCCCCGAAAAUGAAAUGCCCCAGGGUGGGAACCUCCGGGAAAAGCACGGUGAAGUGGAAGCUGAAGAACAAAACCGCGCCCAUGAUCAUCCGGAUCAUGUAACCGAUCACAAUGCGGCUAGUGAACGCAAAGGAAGUUACACAGUGUACAACAAUGGGAAAAAGGCGGAAGCGGAACCGGAGGAGAUGGCAAAGAUGUUACCGGAGGACGUGGAAGAGAUGUUCCGCGAUAUGCCACAGACAAAGGAUACAACCUGUGGUUUGUGGAUUUUCAAAGGUCCGCUUUUGCAGAGAUUCGCCAACAAGAAAGUGUACGUGUUCAUGUAUGGCGUCGUGGGGUGCAUUUUCUCCGCGACCUACGCGUACUUCAACGGUACGAUCACGACGCUCGAGAAGCGCUACAAGAUCCCGAGUAAGAACACCGGUAUCAUCUCGGUGGGGAACGACAUCAGUGCGCUGCUGCUUUCGGCCAUCCUGAGUUAUUACGCCGGUAAGGGCCACCGGCCGCGCUGGAUCGCGGUGGGUUUGCUCAUGAUCACGGCAUUCUGCUGGUUGACGGCGCUACCCCAUCUGCUGUAUGGUCCCGGUGAGGCUGCGUUAUCGUUGACCACCGAAUAUGGUGCAACGUAUGACGCCAAUCAAACGAUGGAGGUCCUCGAGGCACAGAAGGCUAAGACUCUUUGUCGGACGAAUGCGACUCGUGGUGCCGAGUGUGAGAAGGAAGAGGGCAACCUGGCCCCACAGAUCGUGCUGUUUUUGGCGCAGUUUAUCUCCGGCAUCGGUAGCUCGCUGUACUACACCCUUGGCGUGUCGUACAUGGACGACAAUAUCAAGAAAUCGAAAACGCCCGCCCUGGUGAGCGUGUCCUACUUCCUGCGAAUGCUUGGUCCGGCCAUCGGGUACGCGCUGGCAUCCUACUUCCUCAAGCUCUACAUCUCGCCGUCGAUGACGCCGACCAUCUCCAAAAAGGACCCGCGCUGGCUCGGUGCCUGGUGGAUGGGAUGGCUGAUACUCGGGUUCGUGCUCGCCUUCUUUGCCAUCUUUAUGGCCAUGUUCCCGAAGCAGCUGCCCCGAGCGGCCGCCCGGAAGCGCAUCGCGGAUGAGAAGCGCAAGCUCGGCAUGAAGCUGAGCGCGGACUCGAGUCACCGUGAGGACGAGCUGCCCGCCUCUUUCAAGGACAUGAUGAAAACGUUCAAGCGCCUACUGCGCAACAAGAUCCUGAUGCUGAACAACAUCGCCUCGGUGUUUUACUUCUUCGGCUACAUGCCGUACUGGAUCUUCACACCGAAGUACAUCGAGACGCAGUACAAGCAGUCGGCGUCCACCUCCAGCCUGGUGACCGGAACCGUGGCCCUGGUGUUCUCCGCCGUCGGUGUCCUCCUGUCCGGGCUGGUCAUCUCGAAGUUCAAACCUAGGGCACGCUACAUGGCCGCUUGGAACGUGAUCGUCGGUGUACUCUCGGUGAUGGGCAUGAUCGCCUACGCCUUCCUCGGUUGUUCGGCCAGCGAGGACUCGGUCAUUGUGAACAUUCCAUCGCAAACUGACCUCACACCAACCUGCAACUCGGCCUGCCAGUGUGAUUACGUCAAGUACUCCCCGAUCUGUGGCGAAGACGGCAACACGUACAUCUCGGCCUGCCACGCCGGCUGCCGGAGUCAAAGCCAGUACGGCGAGCUGAAAAUCUACGGCGAGUGCUCGUGCAUCUCUUCGGUGGCCAACUACACCAGCCCACUGUACAAACAGCUGCUUUCGGAUGGUAAUCGGACGAGCUGGUCGCGGGACGAGAGUUCGUUCACCCUGGGAGGGUCUGCGAUUGCCGGACCGUGUCCGCUGGACUGCUACAAGGAGUUCGUGACGUUCCUGAUCGUCAUGUGCUUCCUGAAGUUCUCCGGCGCGACCGGGCGGGCGAGCAACUUCCUCGUGUCCGUACGGUGCGUCGACGAACGGGAUAAGGCCGUCUCGAUGGGCUUCGGCAUGAUGGUACUGAGUCUGAUGUCUUUCAUCCCGAGCCCGAUCUUCUUCGGUCUGGUACUGGACAAGACAUGCUUGGUGUGGGGCAAGACUUGCUCCGGCAAAGGCAACUGUUGGCUGUACGACGGUGAAACGCUCAGGUAUCUGCUGAAUUUUAUUGCGGCUGGCUUCGUAAUCGUGGGUACCCUGUUCGAUUGUGGCGUUUGGUAUUAUGUCAAGGAUCUGAAAAUCUUCGACGAUGAGGUGAAAGACAAAGAGAUAGAGUUCGCUGAGAAAGAGGAGGAAGCCGUCAUGGAUCGGCCAACGUAGAAUCCGGAGCUAGUAUCACAACUAGAAUUGACCUCAUAUCCGUGGUUUUGUUAUUCUUCUAUUUGUUUUUGUAAAUACAUUCCAUAUAGUGCUGCAGCGCUACAAA